AUUCUAAUGUAUUUUUUCCCGGGAACACCACAGGUUUACAAAAGUUAAAUAAAACACCCAAAAUGUUAUGAAAAUCAUCCAAAAUGUAUUUUGUGUGUUCAGAUGCCCUGCGUGGACAAAGUCAUGGAACCUUAUGACAAUCGUAUUAAAUGAACUACAUUUUUCAGAGAGAGAACUUGUAAAUCGGUCCAAACCACUGGUCAUAGUCCACUACAAUAGUGCUGAAAUGCUGUUGAUUUCAACGCGAUGUGUGCCUGGUGAAGGUCUGCCAAAAAGUGAUGACAUAUACGCCUACAUGCAUGUCAAGUAGAUAUGCUCUUCAUUUCUAUAAAUAUAUCUCAAUAUUUACUUCAGUCGGGGUGGGACGCUUGUUGCACACUCCAGUAAAUGGUGUCCCAGGCUAUGCAUCAUGGUUUGUCGACCUCUGCAUUCCGACUUUCUUAAUCCACACAACUUUUUCAGUAAGGUUUCAUGCGAUUUGUAUUUUUACUAUAUACCAUGAAUAAGCUUGAACGAUAGUGCACUCUGAGAUAUAAUCGCAUGGUGUCAGUACACAACUAGAAUAACGCUCCGGGUAGACAUACUUUUGAGUCCGCCCCCUUGUUGGUUUCGUAUCUUAUUCAGUCGCUGGAUGAACACAGUCGUGAGCUUCGUGGGGAGAAUAAGAUUUCAAUGAUAUAUUCUGAAAACACUCUUGAUAACGAGCUUUGGUCCUAUCCGAAUGUAAUGGAUAGACAACUGUCACCAUGAAUGAAUAGUAGAAGUGCUGUGGAUUAUUGUUAUUUAUCUUGAAAACAUGGAACAAAGAGGAUGCGGGGCAUGGCUGGGGGGACGGAAAUGGGUUGUGUUCAUGGUUGCUUUGGUUCUCUUUUGGAGCGGAGGUUCUGCACAGAUAAGAUACUCCAUCUCUGAAGAGCUUAAGGAAGGAACUGUCGUUGGGAAUAUAGCUAAGGAUUUGGGUAUAGAGCUAAGCACAUUGAAGGAAAGGGGAUUUCGAAUCGUAUCUGGCUCGACUGAUCCCCUUUUCCAGGUAAACCAGAAUGACGGCAUCUUGUAUGUGAACCGAAAAAUAGACAGAGAGGAGGUGUGCGAACGGAGCAGCGUGUGUUUAAUCAACCUGAAAACCGUUCUAGAGAACCCGCUGGAGAUCCAUUAUGUUGCUGUGGAGGUGUUAGAUGUUAACGACCAUUCUCCCAUCUUUCCCGAGAAAGAGAAACGGUUAGAGAUUUCAGAAUCUGCGAUACCUGGGGCUCGAUUUCAGCUUAAUGCUGCUCAUGAUCGAGAUGGAGGCAUGUAUUCUAUUCAGCUGUAUAAACUCAGCCCCAAUGAUCAUUUCCGUUUGGAAGUUAAAGAUCGAGGUGAGGACCGCAAAACCCCUACUUUGAUUUUACAGAAGGCGUUAGAUAGAGAGGCCAUACGGAGCCAUAGAUUAUUGCUCACGGCUAUUGAUGGAGGUAAACCUCCUAGAUCUGGAGACAUGAGAAUAACUGUAGAUGUAUUAGACGUAAACGAUAACACCCCUGUCUUUACUAAGGAGGUAUACUCUGUAACGCUGAAUGAAAAUGCCCCUUUAGGCACAACAGUCAUACAGAUGAACGCGACUGAUUUGGACGAAGGUUCAAAUGGCGAAAUAAUGUAUUCUUUCGCCAACGACGUGGGCGGUAGAGUACGGAAACGUUUUGAUUUAGACUGCAUUACUGGGGAAAUAAUUGUAAAGGGUGUUAUUAAUUUCGAAGAAAAUAACAGCUUUGAGAUUGAUAUUCAGGCAUCAGACAAGGGGACAGCUCCUUUGACAACUGACAAAACUAUUAUUAUCAAUGUAAUUGACGUUAAUGACAAUGCACCGGAGAUUGAAGUGACAUCUUUCUCUAACGCAAUCCCCGAGGAUUCAAAACCCGGAACUACUGUAGCACUGAUCAGUGUUAAUGAUUUGGACUCUGGUCUCAAUGGCAAAGUUCUUUGCUCGCUACUUGAAGAUGUACCUUUCAAACUAAUUCCCUCUUUACAAGAUAACAUGUAUGCUGUAGUCACCAAGUCACCACUAGAUAGGGAGAAAGAGACUGAAUAUGAUCUAACAAUAGUAGCCAAAGACGCAGGGGAACCGUCCUUGUCAUCUAUAAAGACUAUCCGCGUUGUUGUAUCAGAUGUGAAUGAUAACAGUCCAGAGUUUUCACUGAGUCCCUAUGCUUUCUAUGUCACUGAGAAUAACAUCCCCGGCGCCUCAGUAUUUUCCGUGAGUGCGUCAGAUCCUGACAUGAAUAAAAACGCACUUAUUUCAUAUCAUAUAUUGAGAGAUGGUGGCGAGGAAAACAAAUGGGCGUCCUUUCUCAACAUAAAUUCGGAAAAUGGGAACAUAUUGGCGCUAAAAAGUUUUGACUUUGAAACUUUAAAAACAUUCAAUUUCCAAGUUGUAGCUACAGACUCUGGAACUCCGUCACAAAACAGCAACGUCACAGUGAAUGUGUUCAUUCUGGAUCAGAACGACAAUACUCCAGUGAUCUUGUAUCCAGUCAGCGCUAACGGUUCUGCUGAAGGUGUGGAGGAGAUUCCCCGCAAUGUGAACGCAGGCCAUUUGGUGACUAAAGUGAGAGCCUAUGACGCUGAUAUAGGAUAUAACGGCUGGUUAUUAUUUUCACUGCAGGAAGUUACUGACCACAGUCUCUUUGCUUUGGAUCGCUAUACAGGACAGAUAAGGACACUUCGGUCAUUCACAGAGACAGACGAGGCUGUGAAUAAACUGGUCAUACUGGUAAAAGACAAUGGGAACGUUUCACUGUCAGCAACAGCUACUGUGAUUAUCAACGUUGUGGAGCCCAAAGAGGCUUUUGCAGCUUCUGAUGUUAAAAGUUCAGUAAAAGACGAGGAGGAGAACAGCGUUACAUUUUAUUUGAUCAUUACUUUGGGGUCAGUUUCAACGCUUUUUCUCAUCAGCAUCAUCGUGUUGAUUGUAAUGCAGUGCUCCAAACCCACAGACUAUUCCUCCAAGUAUUUACAAGAUGUGAAUAACGACGGGACACUGUGCCACAGCAUCCAGUACAGAUCCGGAGACAAACGGUACAUGUUAGUUGGACCCAGAAUGAGUAUAGGUUCUACCAUAGUCCCGGGCAGCAAUGGGAAUACUCUAGUACUACCUGAACAUAGGAGGAGAGCUUCUGGAGAGGUAAGAAGUUGA